CGGACGUGAGCUUCCGGAGCUUCCCUAGUGGGAAGCUCACCGUCCCAGCGCGGCCGGCCGGCCUGGCGAGAGAGGCCGCCGUAGACCACCGAAGCGCCAGGAACCGACCGAGGACCCCGAGUCCCGAUGAUCCUGCAGCAGCCCCUGGAGCGAGGCCCCCCGGAUGGGGCCCAGCGCGACCCGAGGGCCGCCUCGGGGGCGCCCCGAGGCCUGGACGCGAGCUCUCCUCUCCGAGGGGCUGUGCCCAUGAGCACCAAGCGGCGCCUGGAGGAGGAGCAGGAGCCCCUUCGGAAGCAGUUCUUGUCCGAGGAGAACAUGGCCAACCACUUCUCUCGGCUCAGCCUGCACAAUGACCACCCGUACUGCAGCCCCCCUGUGGCUUUCCCUUCAGCUUUGCCCCCACUCAGAAGCCCUUGCUCUGAGCUGCUUCUCUGGCGCUACCCUGGGAAUCUGAUCCCUGAGGCCCUCCGGCUGCUGAGACUGGGGGACACCCCUGAACCCCACUACCAUGCAACAUUAGCUGGGGACGUAAUGGAGCUCUGAUGGCUGGUGGGCAGUGCCCCCACGCCCACCUUUCUUCCCCACAACUGAGACCAACACCCUCAUGAAGGAACCAGCUGCCCUGCUUAUCCCCCAAUCCAGGCCUCCAGGACCCUCCCCAGUAGAGGACUUGGAGCCCAGCCAGAUGGUGCCCUGGGGAGGGCGGGCAGGCGCACGGGAAGGAGGCAUUUCCCCCCCCCAGAACUGAAUAAAGAUUGCUGAGCUUUAUCCUGGGCCUUUGGGAAAGGCAGGAGGGCUGGGACACAGGAUGCCGGGGCUUCUCGGAUCUUCUCAGAUCUUCCCUGGAAAUCGGUCAAGGCCUGGCCAGGCCCUGGCAGGCUGGGCUCAGGCAUUGAGAAUGUGUGAGUCAGAGCCUCGCCCCCGCCCCCGCGGCUGACUCACUCCCUCCCGCGGGCUCUGGGAGGUCAGGCCUGGGGAUCCGGCCACUCCAAUCCAUUUCAAGUUAAAGACUCUUUUAUUAAUAAAUUCUCCCUUCCCUCCAAACUUUCUCCCCAAAUAAAUAUUUCCCCCCCUUUUGAGGGUGGGGGGGC